UUCUCCUCUAUCCCCAGAGCAAGGGGAGAUGACUUCUCGGCUCCCCUGAACCAGCAGCGCCCAGGGACCCGCGGAGCCAUGGAGCCGGAAUAUGAGCUGCCCAACGCCACUGCGUUCUGGUUCUCCCCAGCUUCCCCCUUUGACAACUUCUCAGUGGAAGCGCCCGCCAACGCGUCGCAGAACGCCACGGGCCAACACUUCGACCUGACCAGCAACGCCAUCCUCACCUUCAUCUACUUCGUGGUCUGCAUCGUCGGGCUGUGCGGCAACACGCUGGUGAUAUACGUCAUCCUUCGUUACGCCAAGAUGAAAACCAUCACCAACAUCUACAUCCUCAACUUGGCCAUCGCGGAUGAACUGUUCAUGCUCGGUCUGCCCUUCCUGGCCAUGCAGGUCGCCCUGGUUCACUGGCCCUUUGGCAAAGCCAUCUGCAGAAUUGUCAUGACAGUAGAUGGGAUCAACCAGUUCACCAGUAUCUUCUGCUUGACAGUUAUGAGCGUUGACCGGUACCUGGCUGUCGUCCACCCCAUUAAAUCUGCCAAGUGGAGGCGGCCCAGGACAGCCAAAAUGAUCAAUGUGGCCGUUUGGGGCGUCUCCCUGUUGGUGAUCAUGCCCAUCAUGAUUUACGCUGGGGUGCAGCAUAAUCAUGGCAGGAGUAGCUGCACCAUCAUCUGGCCGGGAGAGUCGGGCGCCUGGUACACGGGUUUCAUCAUCUACGCCUUCAUCUUGGGCUUCCUGGUGCCUCUCACCAUUAUCUGCCUUUGCUACUUGUUCAUCAUUAUCAAAGUCAAGUCCUCGGGUAUCAGAGUGGGCUCCUCCAAGAGGAAAAAGUCCGAGAAGAAAGUCACCAGGAUGGUCUCCAUCGUGGUCGCUGUCUUCAUCUUCUGCUGGCUCCCCUUCUACAUCUUUAAUGUCUCCUCAGUCUCCGUCCUGAUCGUGCCCACGCCUGUCCUCAAGGGCAUGUUCGACUUCGUGGUGGUCCUCAGUUAUGCCAACAGCUGUGCCAACCCCAUCCUUUACGCCUUCUUGUCUGACAACUUCAAGAAGAGCUUUCAGAACGUCCUCUGCCUGGUGAAGGUCAGCGGCAUGGACGAGGCGGACCGGAGCGACAGCAAGCAGGACAAAUCCAGGCUCAACGAGACCACAGAAACCCAAAGGACCCUGCUCAAUGGCGACCUCCAGACGAGCAUCUGAGAGGAUGGCAGGGUUUCCUUCCUUCGUUCUCCUCUCCCCGCUUGCUCCCAACUGCAGCAGGGGGGUGGCACGUACAGAAUCGGGGCAGGAGCACCAGCUUAGGGGACGCAUACACUGAUGGCAGGGGGGGCCCUCAGCUGGGCUCCUCCCGAGCUGCUGGUGGGUUGGCUUUCAAGUGCUGGGAAGGAUAUGGUUCAGGAGGAGUCGCCUCGCCAGGAAAACAGAGACAACUUGUAGCAACACGGCGCUUUUCAACACCAAAGUGCCACCAUGGGCCACAGGUAUCGCCGGGGCGGCUCUGCUGGCUUCUCCGGGAGUUACCCUCAGGGCUAGGUGGCUUUGGGUGCUCUGCCCCAGGACGGGUGCUUGCACGUGGCCACAGGCACGCAGCAGGGUAGUCUCAGGAGGAGCCGAGGUCACGGGUGCUGCCAACACGUGCGCCACCGCCGAGAUGCACCAUCUUACAGCAAAGACCUGGUGGGAGCUCUCCGGGGAGCCCGAGCGUCUCCUGUGGUCACCCUCCCUGAGGAGACAAGGAUAUUUGGGGUUGUAUUUUGCCCAGCUUAUAAAUUACUUCGUCGCCUCCCUGCUGCUGUUUGACUGCAUCGCCUGCAGCAGCUGCCCUGCCCGGACGUGACACGCCAGGACCAGGACGGAGGCGGCUGCCCCGCGGGAAGCAGCUCUGCCACGCCGGCAGCCCCUCCGGUCCCACCACGCUCCUACCCUGCCUCCUCCAGCCCCAUGGCAGGAGAGCCCCUUCCCUCCUCCCGCUGUGACAUCACCUGCCUGCACGUUUUCUCCUCUGGUGGAGGAUUUUCCCCUUUUUCCCUCCCUAGUAGCCGCUGCCCCUCUUGCCACCUGCUCACAGGCCAUCCCAGGCUGCACUGGCAGCCGAUGUCGCUGCUCUCCCCGGCGAGUCGCGGCCGGGCUGGCGGAGCAGCCUCGGCACCAUUGCCCGGAAUCAGUCCCUGGCGGGAAAUCCUUGGAAGCGUUUAAGCAGCAGCAACAACACACCGGGGGUUGGGAGCACCCGGGCUGCGGCACAUCCCGCUGCCAACGGCUCCUGUGCCUGGGUGAGAUCUGGGCUUGUCCCACCCCGAGGAUCGCUGGGGCUACCAGCCCCACGGCACGCGAUGAGCAAGCAUGGACCGGCCGCCCGCGACGCCUGCCCUGCUCCUUCCAGGCAAGUCAGGGCAGAGGAAGGGCUGAGGGAGAGGAUGGGGGGUGAUGGAGAGGACGGGAGGUGAAGGGGGCGGGGGACUUGGCCCUGACCCUCGUCAGAGCCGCAGGGACCAGGCAGAGCAGACAACGGGGCUUCUUCCAGCACCAAGACGUGAGGAAGAGCAGGGCAGCACACACGCAGCCCCCCCAGUCCCCCUCCUGCACCGCAGUGGGGGAAAGGGGGGGACACAGGGUGGAGCCCCCAGUGGCAGGGGUGGUGGGUCUUGCCCGGCCUCCUCUGCGUUUAGCUUCUCAAGAGCAUCCUGGAGCACUCGGCUCUGCCCCUGUCCCUCUCUGCACUUCCAGCUCGGUGCACAAACCCGGGGCUGGGGAGCGCCGGCUGCCGCUCCCGCCCCAGCGAAGCCGCCCGGCUUGGCUGGACCACAAGGGAGAGCCCAGGGGACAGGGAGAAGUGGCCUGUCCCUGCCAGAGCACCCAGAGCAGCGUCUGCGCCAGAGGCCAGACGCUGUUCUCAGGCUCUUGCUCCAGAACCGUGGGAACACGGUGGGUUUGGUGGAGAAAACAGCCGGGUCUUGCUCACCCCCCCCCUUUCCCAUCCCGCUCUGGCCUCCCCAUAGCAGCCCUGGCAGACACAGAGCCUUCCCAAGCGAUGCAGGAGGCAAGGAUGAGCAUCGCCCAUGACAUGCCACACAUUUUGGGGUGCUGCCUUGCUCAGCCACGUAUCCCAUGUCAAUGCUGCAAGAUCACCAGCUCUGCGAGAAGUUUCCCCCCCUGGCUCUGCCCGGGCCCUGCAGCGAGUCCCUGCGAGGGGCAUCACCCGUCUGGCUGUGCCACCCCAGCAUCCCCCACCAGCCCCCCCCCCAAGAAAAAAAAAAAAAAAAAAACGGCUCAGUGCCAGGCUCGACGCCUGCUCCUGGGCACAGCUGGCUCUGGCACGACACGGUGCAGGGCAGGGGGGGCCUUUCUGCAGGGCAAAACACAGCGUUGUCAGCAUUUCUUUGCUUUUAACCAUUUACCGCUCCUUCAAGGACCGUGUGUCUGCUCAGAGGCUCAGCGCUGCACGGGCAGCUGCCUGUCCCCUCGCUGCCUGUGCUGAGCUGUGCAGGCAGCUGCUCACCGGCUGCGUUAGGUGAAAUAAAGCCCAACCCUGGCUCAGAGACAGCGCAGGCUGCCCUGCUGAUGCUGCAGGAAUUAAAACAUGAGCAGCGUGUCACGCUACGGUGAAACAUUAGAUGGUGAUGGCCAGAGCCCCCUGUCAGGAUAAGGCAGCGAUGCGUCAGCGGGGCUGCGGGUAGCUCGUAUUUGGUGGGCGGUGAAGGAGUUAUUUGUGCGGAAAGUGGGGGAGGCAGUGGGGAGGGGGGUGCACUGAGCCCCCUGCCCAUCAUGGGAGCUGAUGUUUCCACACCCCCGGCGCUCCCAGACCCACCGGUGGCUGGUUUUGCGCCAGUCCUGUCACCGACACCGUGACUGAUGCCGAGGGGUGGGCAGGGGAGGAUGCCAGUUCCUGGCCACACACCCACAGGGUCUCCAACAAGAGCCCCCAGCCUGGAGCGUCUCCUCUUUGUGCUGAUUUAAUGCUGAAAACACAGAAAGCCCAGCCGGCUUUCUAACCCUGGGAAGGACCCGUGCCCAGAACUGCAGGUGCCCACGUCAGCUUUGUCCUGGCAAAACUCCCCAGGCAGUGACAUUUCUGGCAGCUCAGAGCUGUGUGAGGGGGCUGUGCUCUGAAAUAUCCCGUUGCCCCCACCUUGUACCCAGAAGCUCUCUUGGAGUGGGGAUAAUGGGGCUGCAAGUGAGGAGUGAGAGGCGUGGCGGGGGCUGCCAGUGACAUCCCCAAAGCCACCGAGGUGGGACAUUGCAGGGCAGGAGCACAAGGGCAGCUCCCGGGGGCACCCCACAGCCACCCCACCCCGAGGGAAAGGGCAGGAGAGCGAAACGCGCCGCCUCCACCCUCACAGUCAAACCAUCAAAAUAAAACCUUCUGCUUGUUCAUUGCUGACUAAUACACAGCGGCAGCGUUGCUGCUGCGAGUAACAAAGUUUUCCUUCCCAGCCACUUGAUUUUAGUGAGAACUUGACCUCGUAUUGGAUCUGUUCUGAAAAGCCUCGCAGGGCUGCUGGCAGCAUAAUGAGAAGUCUCUCCCGGUUAUGGCAGAGCGAAUAGGCUGGUCCUGCAAGUGCCGGCGUGGCUCCGCUGCUACUUCACACACAGACUGUCCCCAAGCAAGCGAGAUUCGUUACCGCUCCCGGCUGGAGCAGCAGGAACAGAUUUAUCCCAAAUCGGAAGCGAUGGGAACCACAGGCCUGUGUGUCCCGUGGAGCCGCCCUGUACGCUGGGAGCACGGAUCUGGCCCCGCGCUCCUCGGAGCAGGGCUGGGGCUGGUUGCUUUGCUGGGGGCUGCAUGCAGGAUGGCACUGAUGUCUGUCACCGGUGGCGGGGUUGUCACCGGAGGUGCCUGUGGUGGGUCACUCUUGCAAAAAACUGCCAAUGCCAGCACCCGUGGGCCCCCCCAAAGCCUGUGAGAAACCAACUCCCCUUCCCCUCCCUGACACUGGCUUCCCCCACGCAGAUGAGGGACCCAGAGCCCCCCCAGGACUGACCUGCCUGGGGACAUCCUUGCUGUCCCUGCUUCCUCAGCCCUUGGGGGCCGGGGGCAAGAAGCCCAGUGCUGUGGCUGGGCUGAGCAUCAACCCAAGCACACUUCCAACCAUGCCCACCUUGGACCAGGCGUGAUGAUGGCCAGUGCCUGCGCGGUGCUCGAUAACCAAACCCAGCUCUGACGGGCUAAGAGAGGUUGGGUUUGGACGUGGAGCCUUCCUCUUACAUCUCUGCAGCUCCUCAGAUCAGCACCAAAGCUGCCUUGGACUUCUUUGAAAUAGCAAUCUCCUAAGGAACCACACUGCCCUGUUUCUGGAGGGCUUCCUGACGCUCCAUCCCAACGGGAAGAGCCGUAUCUUUGAUGGAGACCCCACAGAGUGGCCCCUUCCCUCCCAGACCUGCGUGGACGCAGGUAGCCUCACGCAGUCGUGCAGCCCCCAGCCAGCUCCAUCCCCUCUGCUGGGAGCUCCCAGGCUCCGGAUCUGUGCCACUGCGUAAGGGCAGGGCUCGACUCACAUCUCUGGGAGUUGUUUCAGUCCUUGAAAUCAGCUUGUUCACAGCAAAGUGCUCAGGGAGAGUCUCCAUCCCCUCUGCCAGGGCAGCACCGGUUGCACUCCCUGUCCAGGGCUACUCGAAGGGGGAAUCCCCACCGAGGCAUGAGCAAAGGGCACAGCAGACCCCAAACCAGCCUUCCCACUACUAAGUCUGAAAUGAGAGCGGCCACUUUCCAACCCAAGGACAAUCUCUGCCUUUCCCUGCCAGCCUCCCACCUGCAGCCUCACAACCGUGUCUCUCCUGCCGGAUCUCAGCCCGCUCCCUGCUUGCUCCAGGACCUGGCCUGCAAAAACCCAGGGCAGAAGGACAGGACAGCCGGGCCGCAGCUGCGAUUCGGGGGAAUCUGCCUCCAGCCAUGCCCUGACCAGGAGACAACGAGGGAUGCAAAUCCAGAGCACCCCAACCAUCCCACCCCCUGCCACGCGGCCAGGAGGAGGGAAGAGGCAGGUGAUUGUACAUAUAUGUAUAUACUGGACAUGCCAGCGAAAGGUUUUACUAGACUGACACUGUAGAGCCACUCUGCAGCCCCCGUUUUGCCGUGGCGGCUGGAGGAAUCCCUCCCCGUGCACACAGGGGCCAGUCGGGCCCAGCCCCGCGGGCGUCCCUUGGCUCCCCCUGCCCUCCCCGUGUGCCGUGGGGCUGGUGGCACCGUGCUCAAGCCGGGAGGGACCACGGAGGCUGCUCCCACAUCGACAGGCGACUUCCACGGGGCAAGGGAAAGCGAGUUUUAGCCUCUACUAAACACAAGAGCCCUUCCCUGCCAAGCCGGGGCUGUAGCGAUACAGGGAUCAUCAUCCCCUGCCCCCUCCCCAGCAGCACUGCACCACCCUGCUCACCUCCUGUACAUACGCUCCUCUGUAUCUAUAGCUGUGCUCUGUAUAGCGUGCGUGGGUCUGGUGUAUGACACAUGGUGACUGGAACGCGCCGGAGAGAGCGUUUCUCUGCUUAAAGUCUUGCUUUCCUCUGUAGCAAUUGUUUCUCGGUGUCUCGGUGUGGAACUAAGCCUUCCCGCAGCGAAGGCUCCCAACUGCCACUGUCUGUGCCACCAGGAGGGAGUCAUGGAUGGAGUGGAAGGAAAGUAAAAGAGUUUUCUUACAGUUUUGGACUCCGUGUGUGUGUGUUAGAGCCGGGUGGGAGCAGCGGGCUAUAAUCCAGGCUCAGAUUCUUCCCCAGGAGGACAAGAGGCACCAACUGUGGUGACCCACUGAGGGACAAGUCACACUCAGUCCCUCUCCUAAAACCAGUUCUUCCCCACAUCCAUCUCUCCAUUGGUGAGCAACACACCUGCGGGGUGGUCUCGGCUUCGGAAGGUCCAUGAAGCAGGAGACCUGCGUUUGCCCAAAAAAAACCCCACAGGGUCACUCCCUGGUCAGCACAAACUGGGGGGGCACUGAGGUACAGGCACGUCUGUGCCAGAGACAAUCCCUAAAC